AAUUUUAUGUAUUGAAUAUUUUUUCAGGAUCCAACACUACCAACAAAAUGAAGCUCUUACCGCUCCUAGUAUUUCUGGCAAUGUGUGGCAUGGUAUUGUCAGUGCCAGAGCAGGCAAACCCUGGAGGGAUCAAAAGGCAGCGUGCCGCAAAGCGGAAGUACAUAUGCCGCACGUCAGAAGAUGAUGGGGAAGAAACGAAGGUUUGCGAAAGGGUCGACGGGUACGAGUACGAGGAUGGCUACAAGACAUUAGCAAUGUGCAUAAAGCAGUGCCAUUAGGCUAUCAAAAACGCUAAAAAGUAGCCUCAAGCAAAAAAGCAUUAUUGACUUUGGUUCUCUAUCUGUAGAACUUAUUAAAUACUGCUACAGUACUUUUUGAAGCAUGUCCUAUCGAGCUUUUGUAAGGGAAAAGAGCAAGUGUUCUUAAAACAGA